GGCUGAUGGAGACUACACGUGAGUGCAGCAAUCUGAUUGGUCGGAUGACUCACCAUACAGUCUGGGUCGAUCUCCUGCAGAGUCUUAUAAGUCUUUGCUCAGUUUGCUGCAGGAAUACAGCUGAAGGAAGGAUGGAGUCCUCUUUCUCUAACAUAGUGUCAUCAGUAGGGCCAGUUGCAGUUCUUAUACUGACAGUUCUAUUGGUCCAUUACUGGUGGAGGAGGGCUGGCAAUAAGGUGAAAGGUAACCCUCCCCCUCCAUUAAUUCCUUCCUCCCUCCCUUUCAUUGGAGCUGCAGUUUCCUUUGGAAAAGAUCCCAUUAAUUACCUGCUGGCUGCACAUUCCAAAUAUGGUAAUGUGUUCAGUUUCAAUAUGGUGGGCAGUACCUUCACUUAUCUCAUUGGCUCUGACUCCACCUCCUUGUUCUUUAACUCACGUAACGAGUCCUUGAAUGCUGAAGAAGUUUAUUCUCGACUAGUGACACCAGUGUUUGGAAAAGGCGUGGCUUAUGAUGUACCCCAUGACUUAUUUGUGGAGCAGAAGAAGAUGCUCAAGUAUGGACUGAGCGUCUCUCACUUCAGACGGUAUGUUCCACUUAUUGAAACUGAAACUACCAAAUACUUUGAGAGGUGGGGCGACAAAGGAGAAAGAGAUAUAUUCAAAGCUCUAUCUGAGCUGAUCAUUCUGACAGCCAGUCGCUGCUUGCAUGGGCCAGAGAUAAGGAGUGUAUUGAAUGAAGAAGUGGCUCAGCUUUACACUGACCUGGACGGGGGAUUCACUCAUGCUGCAUGGCUCUUACCUUCAUGGCUGCCGCUACCCUCCUUUAAGAAGAGAGAUAAAGCGAGAGAGAGAAUGGCUGAAAUAUUUACAUCAGUUAUAAAGAAGAGAAGAGAAAUGCCAAAUAACCAAGAAGAUGACAUACUCAGCUACUUAAUAACAACAACUUAUAAAGAUGGUCGGUCACUAACAGAUUCAGAGAUCACUGGUUUGCUAAUAGGAUUAUUAAUGGCUGGUCAACACACUUCAUCUUCCACUAGCUCAUGGUUGGGAUUCUUCCUCGCUAGACACUCCGACUAUCAAACAAGAGCUUAUGAAGAGCAGCUGGAGGUGUGUGGCAGCAACUGUCCACCAUUGGACUAUGAUCAGUUGAAGGAUCUAACGUUUCUUGAUUGCUGUCUGAAGGAGACUCUGAGGCUCCGCCCACCAAUAAUGACAAUGAUGAGAAUGGCAAAAACUGAACAAGAUGUUGGUGGUUAUACAAUCCCAGCUGGUCACCAGGUCUGUGUGUCUCCUACCGUCAAUCAUCAAUUGAAUGAGAACUGGACCGACCCACAGACCUUCAAUCCUGACAGGUUUGUUGACGAAGAACUCUCAAAUAGUGAAAAGUUUUCUUAUGUACCAUUUGGUGCAGGACGUCAUCGUUGCAUUGGUGAAAGUUUUGCUUACGUUCAAAUAAAAACAAUAUGGUCGGUUCUGCUUCGGAAGUACCAGUUUGAGCUUGUGGGUGGAGUCUUUCCUCCUGUCAAUUACCAGACAAUGAUCCACACACCCACCCAACCAGUGAUUGCUUACAAACUCAGACAAUAAUUAAUUUAUUAUUAUUAUUGUUAUUAAUGGAGAGUGUAGUUUUUAUUGGCUGCUCUAUAGCACUUUAUUUAUUUUUAUAGUUAGUCUAUUAGAAAUGAAAUUAGUACGUGAGUUUGAGGUGAAUUUUGACUAGACUACACAAAAUGAAAUUAAAAAUCAAAAAAUUGCAUGUUAAUAUAAUAAUAAUAAUAAUAAUAAUAAAUUAGGUCAGCUAAACAGCAAAAAUUAACAUCAUUACACUAAAGAAGAAUAGCAAUAAUAAUAAUAAUAAUAAUAAUAAUAAUAAUAAUAAUAAUAA